AUUAAAAUUAAAAUUUAAUUUCAAAUUUAGUCAUAAUUAUUAAAAAAAAAUAGUGAAAAAAAAUAUGAGUGCCACAACAUCGAUUCGAAUGCCGCAACAACAGCAACAAGGCCAACAAUCAGGAUCAUCAUCAUCGAAUCAAUUCCAUCAACAACGUCCAUACCAUCAUCAUCAUCAUCAUCAUCAACAACAACAACAACAACAACAGAUAAACAAUUCUCAAACGAUGCCGAUUCGAACGAAUUUACACAAUAAUAAAAAUAUUAUUCAAUCAACAAUCAAAACAUCUGGUCAAUCAUUGUUGUUGGCCACUUUACCAUCAUCAUCAUCAUCCUCAUCAUCAACUAUAAUGGAUCAAUCAUCAGCAUUGACAUCAUCAUCAUUUUUGAUGCAAAAAUUACAUUCAAAACGUAAUGAACAACGAUCAUGGAAUGAUCUGUCUCGUUCGAUGAAACAAUUUUUAUUGGAUAAACGAUCCAUAGCUUUGGAUGAACGUCAACAGCUACAGAAAUCAUUGGAUACAAUGCAAAAAAAUAUUGAAGUUCGUUCGAUAGCCACAAUGUUAGAACGCUUAGAGACUAUAUGUCGACAAUUGAAUCUAAAAUUUGCGGCCAAAAUGCAUGCAUCACAAUGUUUCAUUUAUUCAAGCAUUUAUUAUGUAGAAAUUAAAUUCAAUCAAGAGAAAGAAUCUGUGGAUGAUUGUCAAAUAUCGCAUAAUGACAAACCACCGAUGGUAUGCACGGAUUUAAUCGAUGUUCUUAACCGCCGUGAUUUUACCGAAUUCACUAAACAUCUGGAAGGAUUGGCAGCCAUCUAUAAGAUUAAAGCCGAUCGUCCAAUCACGGAAAAAGCUUAUCAGGCAUUGGAUUCAUUGGAAAAAGACCUGGAAAAAAUGGCCGAAAUACAAAAGAAUCAAAUCAAUGAUAUUAAUAAUCUGGUUCAUCGUUCACCAAUGGGUGUGCUUGAAUCAAGAAAAGGUGGCCAUCCAAUGAAAUUAACAUUUUUUGUUCCACCAUAUGAUUUGUUGGAUUUACAGCAAAAACUUUCAUUACCAUUAACUGUCGAUGUAGUUAUCGAACGUAAACUUGGUUAUUCUGCUCAGAUACUACUUGAAGAUUCAUCGGAACCUAAACGGUUACAAUCCAAAUCAUUGAUCAUUGUUAAACAACGUACCGAUGGUAAAAAUUUUCCACAUUUUCUUGAACAUAAUGAACAAAAUAGUGAACUAUUGCCUGCUUGUUAUGUAUUACGAUUAACACGGCCUUUACCUAUAAGUUUGGAUUUGGUGAACAAAAUACAAAAAUUAACCGGAAUUAAUUUGACAAAACAAAUCGAUGGUUUUAGUUUUGAACCACAGCCAAUGAUAUCAUUGUUAACAACUGUACAAUUGAAUCCAUCAUCAUCAACAUUAGCCACUUCAAAGCUCAAAUCAUCAUCAUCAUCGUUUUUGGCCAUUCUACCGGAUCAACGACAUUGUUACUAUGUAAACAAUAAUGAUUAUUAUGAUCAACAAUCAUCAGAUUCAUAUUGUUCGUCAUCACUUCGUAAUGGGAAUGGUGGUGGUAGUGGUGGUGGUGGUGUACUUUUGGAACGUCUACCAUUCACACAUCCAAGUCAUGUAUCACGGAUAUUAGUCUAUCUUCGUCAACAGGUUUUGUUCAACGUUAUACUUGGAUCCAUUAUACGUAAAUUAAGUUACGUUCGAAAGAAUAAUAUUAAUAAUGAAUCAUCGAAUAUUAAUCAUCAUAUAUUUGAAGUAUCAUAUUUUGGCCUGACCAAUAUCUAUGUACAAUUCGAACAUCCUUUAGAACAAUCAUUGGCUACAAUGGAAAUUGAUUUAAAAGAUAUAACACAGGUACGAUGUAAAUUAUAUGCCAAUUCAUCAUCAUCAUCAUUGUCAAAUUUGUCAACAAUGAACGGCUGUACCAAUAGUAAUCAUGUUACAAUGAAUUCAAUUUGUAAUGAUGAUUAUAUUAGUAAAGUUAUGCAAAAAUCUUUAUCAAUACCGGUUACGAUGCGUUCGAUAAUAAAUCGAUGUCGUGCUGCACAGGCAAAACUCCGUGAAACAGGAAAAGGAAAUGAAGAAAAACCACCACAAUUAUUGAUGAAUAUACCGACAACACCUACAGCAACAUCGACACCAACAUCUAGUAUUCUUUAUCAAGCUAUGCAACAACAACAUCCCCAAUCAUCUGGUGGUUCAUCGAAUAUGGAUUAUAAUAAUAAAAAUAAUAAUCAUCAUCAACAGCAACAACGAACAUCAUCAUCGAUGACAAAUAUCAAAAAUGAAUUCUACAGUAGCUGUAGUGGCAAUAAUAAUAAUAAUGGCAAUGAAUCGACAACUACAAAAAAUCUUCAAUAUUUAUUGUUUCAACAACAACAACAACAACAGAAUAAAACGGCGAAUCCGUUGUCGAAAUCAUCGUUGGCGGCUAAAAAACCAAACGUCAUGCAUCACAAUACAAUGUUGAUGAGUAUGUUGAGUGAUGUGCCGGCAUUGGGUAUCAAUCAACCAACAACAACAGCAACAUCUACAAGUACUACAAGUCUUUCAAAAUUGACAUCCAAUCAAUUAUCAUCAUUGGCAUCUAAUACAAAUAAUAAUAACAAUAAUCAAAAUAGUCAGAAAAAACGUAAACGCCCAUCAUCGGAAACGGAUUUUAUGGAUCCGGCUGGUGGUAAACGACGAACAAUAAUGUUGGAUAAUUUUGUUAGCCAAUCUCACCCACAUUCAACAAUUAAACAAGAACCAAUGGAUUCAAAUGAUUACCCAUCAACAACAAUCAAUGCAACAAUUCCUAUUUCAUCAUCAUCAUCAUCUUAUUCGAUAGAUACAAAUCAUCAUCAUGGUGGCAGCAGAGGUGAUCAUAAAUUUAAUUCAAUUAAAUCAGGUGAUGAAGAACAAUUGAAAAUUAUCAAACAAUUGGAAGCUAUAUCUGGUCAGAAGGAAUCAUCAUCAUCGGAUAAUGUACCAAAGUUAAUAUUGAAAAAUCAACAACAACAAAAUAAUCAGAUUAAAAUUACACAAUCAAAAUCGAAUGCAAGUUUAUCAUCUAAAUCGAUGAUAUCAUCAUCAACAUCGUCAGAUUUGGAUACGAUGCUCAAUCCAAUAAUGGUCAGUGGUCAGAAUAAUAAUAAGAAUAAAAAGCGUAAACGUGCCGAUAGUUUGGAACAUAAUAAAGAAUUCAUUAUAUCGGCAACGGGUUCAGCUUCAUCAGAUAGUUUACUCAGUAGUGGUAGUAGUAGUAGUGGUGGUGGUGGCAGCAAUUCAUCAUCACCGAUAAUAACUAAAUCACAAUUACCACCAUUAUCACAAUCAUCUAGAAUGUAUCAAUCAUCGUCAACAUCAUCGGGUAAUAUGAUGACAAAUACUGGUUGUUCACCAUCUUCAUUACAGAAGAAAAAAACAUCACCACCAUCAACACAACCGCAAUCGAAUUAUGUUGCAUCAUCAUCAUCAUUAAAUCGCCAACAACAAUCAUUAUCAUCAUCAACUGGAUUGAACAAUACUGGAACAGGAGGUAAUUUAUCAAUGAAAAUUUCCGAUAAGGUUUUGUCAUUAUUAUCGUCAUCAUCAGCCUCGUCGACGACGACAACGAUGACAAGUAAUAAACAAACAAAUUCACUCACACAAUCCGUCGGUAAAACAGCAAAUUUAUCAUCAAUAUUGAGUAAACAGCAAUCAAAUAUCAGUGGAUCAUUGUCAAAUGAUCAGACAAUGGAACAAGCGGCUGCAUUGGUUGUCGCAACGGUUGCUAAUUCCGGUGGAUCGGCUGCAAUGGCACAUGCAGCCGCAAUAGCUGCUGUACAGAAUUCAUUAUCGGCUAAUGAACAACAACAACAAUACAAACAACAGCAGCAGCAAUCUCAACAACAACAACAACAACGUUUUGUAAAACCAACAUUGAAAAAUGUGAAAUUUACCACCACUACCAGCAACACAGGAUCAUCCACAAAUUCAUUAAUGCUUCAAACAUCUUCGAAUAAAUCAUCACCAAUUACAAUAACAAUAGGUUCAAGUAGUAUCGGUGGAUCACAAUCAUUGAUUGCAACAGGUGGUAUUCGAAAAUCGCAACAAUCAUCAUCGGAUUCAAGUAAAUCACAACAACAACAGCAACAACAAGUUGUUGCCGGAAGUAGUCUAAUGUUUUCGGCUUCAUCAUCACCCACCAUUUCUUCAGCGACAUCUUCAAAACAAACAUUAGCGAAAACCAUAACAUCGCCAAUAACUUCACCGAAAAUUCUUCAAUCCUCAUCGACAGCUUCAUCGUUGUUAUCAUCAUCAUUGUCACAAUCACAAUCGGUAUUGGCUUCACAAUCAUCAACAUCAGUAACAAGUGGUGGAGGAUUAUCAUCAUCAGCUGGUUCAACAUUGAAAUCAUUAUUUGGAAAAACAACCAAAAAAGCAUCAUUAACAUCAGUUGUCGAUAGACUUUUGCAGAAAAAUGCUGUCGAUGGUUCAUCAUCGACGCCAUCGCCAUCAUCAACCAUUUCGAAUUCGAGUCAAUCAUCAACGAUAUUAUUACCAGUUGGACAAUCUACAUCUCCGGAAAUAUCAUCAAAUUCUUCAUCUAAUGCAAACAGGGCUGAUUCGUCAUCGUCAUCAUCAUCAUCAUCUAAACAAUCCUCACAACGGCCAUCCUCGGCAGAAAAAUCUUCAAAAUCAUCAUUUUAUCGUGAUUCACAAUUUACGAUUAAACAAUCGAAUUCUGGUUUGAAAAUGAGUAUUACCAAAACAAAAACAUCAUCAUCUGGCGGUGGUAGUGGUAAUGGCAGUGGAUCAUCUUCAUCCACUCAAUCAAUGUUGAAUACAUCUACGGGUAGUGCAUCACCAUCAUCGACUGCCGAUUCUGUUCUUUCGAAAUUAACAAAUGUUUCGGUAUUCAAGAAUAAUAAAUAUACUAUACCGAAAAUACAGAAAAAUUCUCAAUCAUCUUCGAAUUCAAAUGUAUCUAGUUCUACUAUUUCAGCAUCGUCAACGCCUUCUUCCGUAUCUUCAUCAUCAUCAUCAUCAAAUACUAUUUCUACAUUUACAGCAAAUACGAUUACAUCACCAACGUCAUCAAAUUCAAGUGGUUCCAGCAACACCAACAUUGUUGGUUCAACUUCUCCUCAGCCAUCUAAUCGAAGAAAUGCCAAUUCAUCGCCCUUAUCACAUAGUGGUAAAAUAUCACCAUCACCAAGUAAUCGAAUGUCACCAAAAAACCAGCCAACUCAAACACAAAAGUCAUUAUUCAAAUCACCUGAUCUUCCGCCGCCAUUAUUAUUAUCUCAAUCCCCUUCAGGAGGAUCAGGCUUAUCUGGACCUCCACCAUCUUAUUCAUCAUCAGUAUCGACAACUUCAACGUCAUCUAAAUCAUCGCUUAUGCAAUCGAUUUCGUCCACAUCUACAAGUAACAAUAACAAUAAUAAUCGUUCCGGUUCGAUGAUGCCACCACAAUCGGGUUAUAAUUCACCUGGAAUUUCUACCACUGGUAUUCCACAAUGGCCAUCCGCAAAUUCAUCUUCGAUGGAUAAAUUCAAUAGCAAUUUAAUGACCAUUGGUUCAAGUUCGGAUCAUCUUACAUCAUCAAAUAAUGAUACUAAAUCACAAAUCUGUCUUUCGACAUCUACGCCCAGUUCUCCAGCCGAAUCAUCAUCACCAUUAUCGGCCGAAAAUCGUAAUCCACCUUUAAUUAUACCUACUGAUCCUAUUUUUGAUCAACAACCACAAUCAUCUGAACAGACGGCUACCAAAUUCAAAGAACCAAUUCUUGAUUCUUCCACAUCCAAAGUCGAUUCAAGUUAUAUAUGUGAUUCGGUCACAAAUGUUGAAACAUCUUCAAUGAAAACAUUUCAAUCAUCAUUAUUAGACAAAGAUCAUCUGGCUUCAUCCGAAUCAAUAAGUUCAUCAUUGUCAUCGUCAAUGACCACCACCACUGCUAGCUUGUUAACAUCGGAUGGAUCAUCGGCGACAACCACUGGUCAAUCAUUAGAAUCUAAUGAUUAAAUUCAUCUAAUGCAUCAUCAUUAUUUUGAUUUAAUUUUUUAUAUAUCUUAUUUGAAAACUGAAUCAUUAAUUAAAAAAAUUAUAA